AUGAGUUGGAAACAAAUUGACGGAUUUUUACAACUACUUGAUAUCGGCUCUGAAUCAGAAUUAUGGGGAAUCGAUGAUUGUCAGGUUUUCAAGUGGAACAUUAAAUCUUGGUUACAUGCAAAAGGAGUACUAGCUUCAAGUCUUGCUGUUGGCGCUGAUAAUAGUAUUUGGUGUACCACUAAAGAUCAUAAAAUUUACAGACUAGUGGGUGGAAUUGAUGGUAAAUGGAUGAGAGUUGACGGAUUUUUAAAACAAAUUGCUGUCGGUGAUGAAAAUAAUAUAUGGGGAAUUAAUUCAAAAGAUGAAGUUUUUUAUAGGAGAGGUAACGUUUGGAUUCAAGCUCCCGGUAAUCUUUCUCAAGUUUCUGUUGCAGCGGAUGGAACUUGCUGGGGGGUAAAUGCUAAUCAUGAAAUUUUUCGAUGGAAUGGUGAAGGCUGGGAUUCAAUUAACGGGAAUCUUAUUCAAAUUAAAGUUGCAUCGAUUCGUCAUGUUAUAGGAAUCAAUCAUAAACAUGAAGUAUUCCUAUGGAAAAAUGGGGAUUGGAAAAUGAUCGAAGGUGGACUACUUAAGCAUGUUUCAAUUAGUCCCGAAGGUAAUGUCUGGGGAAUUAAUGAAAAAGAUGAAAUUUGGUGUUUAAUGAAUAAUGUUGAUGAUGAUGAAAUUUAUUUUAAUGUUUGA